AUUCUUACAUACAGCCUACAAACGUUUGCCAUUCCAGGAUCAUUAUUCCUCUCCAUUCUAUUGGGAUUCCUUUACAAGUUUCCCAUUGCAUUAUUUCUCAUUUGCUUCUGCUCCUCACUGGGCGCUACACUCUGUUACAGCCUUUCGAAUUUGGUUGGACGUCGCCUCAUACGUCACUUCUGGCCGAAGAAGACAAACGAAUGGUCCAAGCAUGUGGAGAAGCAUCGCGAUAGCCUGUUCAACUAUAUGUUAUUCCUACGCAUGACGCCCAUACUACCGAAUUGGUUCAUUAACUUGGCAUCGCCCGUAAUUGGAGUGCCCGUGACCACCUUUGCUUUGGGUACUUUCUUCGGUGUGGCACCACCCUCGAUUGUGGCCAUACAAGCUGGCAAAACGUUACAAAAAAUGACUAGCUCCAGCGAAGCCUUCUCAUGGACAUCG